CUUCCCGCUUUUUCAGUGUUUAGUACACCUUUGGUACGUCAGCACAGAGAUGCAGCUCUUCACCCUCACACUGCCAUUCACCAUGCUUCUGCCAAGAUUUCCCAAAACAACUGUGACCGUGCUGGUGUUGGCUGGAGUUACUUGCAGCACUUACACGGCCUUCCGUACAUUCUUUUCGAAUCUGCUUUACGGCAUGACAACUGGCACAAACGAUGGACGGCGCAUCUUCAAAACUCUAGAGCUGAUUUAUUUUAGACCAAUAACCCAUGUGGCGACGUAUGUAAGUGGAAUCCUGGCAGGGUACAUGGCUGUGAAAUACAAGGAAGUCACUAUAUCUCGUAUCACGCAAGCAUUGCUCUGGCUGCUGUCAGCCGCAGCUGUGUGCUUCGUUUUAUUCGUCACAUUGCCAUGGAAUCGAGGGCACUUGCCGGACCCUAUCACCAAUGCGAUAUACGGAGGAUACCACCGGCUCCUAUGGUCACUGUCACUGUGCUGGCCGGCUUACGCCUGCGCUACGGGCUACGGAGGCAUGAUAGCCCGCAUGUCAUCGUGGAAAGGGUUCGUGCCGCUUGCAAGGCUCACGUACGGGGUGUACCUUCUUCAAGGAGUGUUCCUUCUUCUCCGGAUGGCACUGGUAAAGACACGCUUCAACUUGGACGACUUUUUCCAGCUUACGAACACCCUGGGAAUCAUAGGCAUCAGCUACUACUUCGCAUACCUGCUCUUUCUUCUGUGUGAUGCUCCCAUCGAAAAUUUUUACGAGCAUGUUUUUGGCAACAAAAUUCCUGAAACUCCACAGCCUACAGUACCCAAUUCCAGGCCAUUGCAGACAAGUGACCAAAUCCGACGACUUCCCUGAACGUUUUCACACAUGCUAUGCGCUUCAAAGUGAAAUCUUUGGGUCAUGCGCUGUUCUUGUACAUCACUGGUGGCAACAAGCUGAGGCAAAUAAAGGAAAAGAA